UCAAAUUUAUAUAUUGGACCCAAUCAACCAUGCGGCCAGCAGAGCCGUCAGUCAGAAGGUCCACACACGCAAGCGCACGCACACACACAUCUGCACACACGCACGGUCACACACGCGCGUGAGGUAGUCUGCACACAACGAAGGAAGGACGAGUAGAUAGGGAUACCCCCACCACACCCAGCCCCACCACACCCACCACCCAGCAAUGGACACCCACACCCACACCCAUCAGCAAUAGACAUCGACGGUAGUCUCUCACUACUCAUUCACUUGGGAAGUGUGGUGACGAGCCACUCCAUGCCGUCCUGCAGCCCGUCCCCCGUCUUGGCCGAACACGCCUGGAUGUUCCACGUGCGGUCCCGGAUCGCAUGCAGCGACAACUGCUCCGCUAUCUGACAUGACACAGAGGGAUUGAUCCAUCCAGUGAGUGACACGCACGACAGACACACCAUAAGAUAGAUACACGCUGUGUGUGUGCAGCCCCGUACCCACCUCCUGUGCGGACAGGGCCUGCAGGAGGUCCUGUUUGUUCGCAAACACCAGCAAUGGGAUGCCACCUGCACACACACACAGAUACACACACACACACACACUCCCUGUCUGUCUGUCUCUCUGUGUGUGUGUCUGUGUGUGUGUGCCUAGUUUGUCCUGCUGCAGCAGUUCGUUGAGCUCCUCCCCGCUCUCCUCCAGCCGCCGCCUGUCCGCGCUGUCGAUCACAUAGAUCUGCACACACCAACACAACACAACACAGGACAAGACAGCAAUGAACAGAUGGAUGGAUGGAUGGACAGACACUCCAGGCGUCCGUCAUUCGCUCUAAUACCAGCGCGUCGGUGCCUUCAAAGUAGUUCUGCCAGUACGCCCUAAUGGUCUUCUGACCUGACCACAUUGUAUGUGCCACAUCCAUCCAUCCAUCCCAUCAGCCACAGAGCCCGACCCCGCAAGUACCUCCGAUAUCCCAGACGUUGAGCUUGAAGGAUCCCUGGACGAGCGACUUGAUGUUGAAGCCCUGCGUGGGCAUGAUGUGGCUGAUGUCCUCAUCGCUAAGCUUCUUCAGGAUGGUCGUCUUGCCGCUGUUGUCCAGCCCCAGCACCAGGAUCCGCGCCUCGCUGUCGCUACGCUUCAGCUUACGCAAUAACGUCAACAGUCCCUGAAAGAAAGAAAGAACGAGCCAACGGACGGAUAUAUGGGAUGGGAUGGACGGAUGAGGAGAGAGAGGCACAGCACCACAGCACACGGCAGAUGUUGGUUGGAUGGACGGAAAGGGGUGAGAACUGAGCAAUGCGGUGUGUGGGUGGCUCCUUACCAUCAGGCAACUGCGCGCGCCCUCA